AUGGAAGCGUCUUGUGUUUUCUGCGGCGGAGGCGGGGUCUCCACCUUGGCUUUGAAGUCCCCAAGCUGCCUCAAUUUCCGUUUUUUGCGCCACAAUGAGUUGAAUUUAUCUUUGAGAUCCAUUUCCGUGUUGAGCAGCGACAAGCGCUUCUUAUAUGCAGCUACUCUCUCAUCUACAUUCCGAUUCCGACUACGAAUCCGGAACAACUCAGAUCACGUAUCCAAGGCCGCCAUUAGUAGUACUAGUAGUAGUACCAAGAGAAGAAGCCGCGGCCGCAACAACAGAGGAGGUGAUGGUGCCAACAACGAGGACCGUAAGAAGAAUCCUGGCCGGACGACUAUUACCAUUACUACUGAGUCAUGGAAGCUGCUCAAGGAUCUCGCCAAUUCAGCUCAGCAUAGAGCAAUUGCAAGGAAAGUUUCCCAACCAAAGACCGUUCACAGUGGUUUAGGAAUGGACCUUGAGAAGGCCAGGGCUAUUCAGAGCAGGAUUGACGAUUUCACCAAGUUCAUGUCUGAUCUACUUCUCAUUGAAAGGGAUGCUGAAUUAGAAUUCACUCAGGAGGAGUUAAAUGCUGUUCCUACGCCGGAUGAGAGUUCUGAUUCGCCAAAACCAAUUGAAUUUUUGGUCAGCCAUGGCCAGGCUGAGCAGGAACUCUGCGAUACUAUCUGCAAUCUAAAUGCAGUUAGGACUUCUACAGGAUUAGGUGGAAUGCAUUUGGUAUUGUUCAGGGUGGAGGGGAAUCAUAGAUUACCGCCUACUACUCUUUCUCCCGGAGACAUGGUUUGCGUGAGGACCUGUGAUAGCAGGGGUGCUGGAGCAACUUCUUGCAUGCAAGGUUUUGUUAACAACCUAGGGGAGGAUGGCUGUAGCAUCAUUGUGGCUCUGGAGUCCUGUUAUGGUGAUCCCACCUUUUCUAAGCUCUUUGGCAAGAGUGUGCGCAUUGAUCGCAUUCAUGGCUUGGCUGAUGCGCUAACAUAUGAGGUAUUGAAAACUCAUCAUUUGCACUCUGUGUAUGUGCAUUGA